ACUUGUGUACUGCAGCUGUGUGGUAUGUUUGUGAGAAGUUGUUGCUCGUCACACUUGCAGCUCUUGGCCCUACAUGGAUACAUACCUUUUGGCUCUGCAGGACUGUUUGGCUGUCUGCUGAAGUGAUCCGGCCAUGCGUGAAUACAAGCUAGUGGUGUUAGGCUCUGGUGGUGUGGGCAAGUCCGCUCUGACAGUUCAGUUUGUACAGGGAAUCUUUGUGGAAAAAUAUGACCCAACAAUAGAAGACUCGUACAGAAAGCAAGUGGAGGUAGACGGGCAGCAAUGUAUGCUUGAAAUUCUCGACACAGCCGGCACAGAGCAGUUCACGGCGAUGAGGGACUUGUACAUGAAGAACGGCCAAGGCUUUGCCCUGGUUUACUCCAUCACAGCACAGUCCACCUUUAACGACCUCCAGGACCUGAGAGAACAGAUUCUACGAGUAAAGGACACAGAGGAUGUCCCAAUGAUCCUGGUGGGCAACAAGUGCGACUUAGAGGAUGAGCGCGUGGUGGGCAAGGAGCAGGGCCAGAACCUGGCCAGACAGUGGAACCACUGUGCCUUUUUAGAGUCCUCUGCUAAGUCAAAGAUCAACGUCCUCGAUAUCUUCUACGACCUGGUCAGACAGAUAAAUAGGAAAACACCCGUGGAAAAGAAAAAGGCAAAAAAGAAAUCCAACUGUGUGCUACUUUAAAGAUGCCCGCUUUCCUCCACCCCCUGCAGCAGCUCUGAGCCAGAAAUGCUGUAAUGAAGAACUGUUGCCCUGAUUGGAACGUGCCAGCAUUCCAACAGCUCCCCCUGCCCCUCCAUCCCUCCUUCAUCCAUCAGCCAUAAACGGUGAAUCAGCUGACCGAACAGCUCCUAUCAAAGACGUGGGGUGAUGUACGACAGAGACAGACAAAUAAAACGCUUGUGUGUGAGAGAAGGAGAGACAGCCGGCAAGAGAAGACCUUAGCUCUGGCCUCUGAGGACACUUCCUGUUUGUGUGUGCGUGCAUGCAUGUGUGUCUGUGUGUGUGUGUGUGUGUGUCUGCGGUGUGUGUGUGUGUCAUGAAGGACACUCCAUGUCUGCACCAAACUAAAACAUGAUAAAAACGCAGGAAAAAGCCUCUGACAGUAUAUAAAAGAAAAGAAAAAAGUCUGAGCUGUUUAAACACGGCUAAACGACAGCAGCGCCCGAACCCUGCCCUGCCCUUUUUUUUUUUUUUUUUUUUGUUGACACUUUUAACAAAAAAAGAACAUUUAAGAAGUGAAACCUUAGAACUGGUGAUUCAGUAUUUUUCCAUCUUUUUUUCAGUUUAUCGUAUUUGAAAGAAGUCAUGGACCUAUUUAGUUGUGUGAUAUAUAAAUGUUCUUCAAAAACGAGCAUGAAAAAAAUUUGCAUCAGUUGAUAAUUGUAGAUGUGUGACAACCAAGUGGAAAAGUCAGAUUGUUUUUUGUUUUGGUUCUGUUAUUUUUGGAUGGCCAUAAACAUUUUCUCCAUGCCUGUCAUGUCAGUGACGAUAGAUCAAGGUCUAUAAUCUGUAUUAUUUGUAUUCUUUUCUCUAUUUUCCAACCUCUUAUUGUUCAUGGACUUCUCUUCUGCUGAUAUCUCUCUCUCUGAUGUGACUUAAUUUUAUACGUAGUCACUGGGAUUUCAUAGCUCCCACAUAAUAUAUUCUAAUGCCAUUUUUUUGCAUAAUAAUAAUGCUUCUUCGGACGAAAAAAAUGGGUCUUUUAUAGAAGAAAUAAGGGGGAAACGAGGAAUGAUUUCUAUGUCUCUUGAAGCUGAAAUAUAUUAUACUAAACCAACUCGAAUAA